AUGGUCUCAACUACUUCCAUCUUCGUAUCGGCAUUGGCCUUCACUUCCUCACUUGUAUCUUCCACUCCUACUCUCCUUACUAGGGAUGGACAAAAUACCACCUCUUCCUCUAGUGGAAAGGUUGAAUUUCAAUUCCCAUUAUCACCCAAGAUAAUGCUUAUCUCGUUAUUCGCUCCUGAAGACGUAUGGACCGAAUCGCUCGGAUUGACCAACAACAUCACUCUCCCAGGUUUAUCACCCCUCUUCCCCUCUAUAGGAUGUAACGACGAUGCGUCAAUCUGUCAUAUGACAACGGGUGAAUCUGAGAUCAACGCUGCUUGCUCUACUUCAGCGAUGUUAUUGGCGGAGGAAUUCGAUCUCACUUCUACUUACUUCCUUAUCGGUGGUAUUGCCGGUAUCAACCCUUAUAUGGGUACGACUGGGUCUGUUGGGUUCGCUAGAUAUGCCGUACAGGUAGCUCUUGGAUACGAGAUCGAUACUCGACAAAUUCCUUCCAACUGGUCUACAGGUUACUGGUUAUUCGGCUCAAACCAACCGGGCGAACCAGCAACUACCAUCUACGGUACCGAAGUGUACGAGCUCAACACCAACUUACGUGACAAAGUGAUGGGAUACGUGGGUGACGUAAAGCUCAACGAUACUCAAGAAGCAGCCGAGUAUAGAUCAAAAUACGACUACUCACCCGCCAACCAACCUCCUCAAAUAUUCAAAGGAGACGUAUCCACCUCUGAUGUCUACUUUGCUGGUAAUUUGUUGGAUGAGGCUUUCGGAAAUAUCACUUCGUUAUGGACCAACGGGACUGGACAAUAUGCCUUGACGGCCGAGGAGGAUAAUGCGAUUUUCGAAGCUAUGGUUAGAUCUCAUACCGCCAAGAAGAUGGAUUUCAGUAGAGUCGUGUUGAUGAGGACGGCUAGUGACUUCGAUAGAGGUUAUGGUGGUUCUGAUGCCGUCACCGCCUUCCAAGCUGAACAAUACGGUUUCGAAAUUGCCAUUGCCAACAUUCAAAUCGCUUACACCCCUAUUAUCGAGGGUAUUCUCAACGACUGGGAAUCAACUUUCAGCUCUGGUGUGGCGCCCCAAGACGAAUGGUUGUACAACGCUGAUAUUUUCCACACACUCGUACAAAGGAAGCGAGAAGUAAGGGAAUUUGAACGGAUGAUUAAGCGUUCUCAAAUCGCUAAAUUCAGAAGAUAG